AUGCUUCGGGAGGGGGUUAUUGAACCCGUGGAGAGCUCUGACUGGGCUACACCUCUGGUGCCGGUACGUAAAGCGGAUGGAGGGCUCCGAAUUUGUGCAGACUAUAAAGUGACACUGAACCCCGUAUUGCUGGUCGAUAGAUUUCCCUUGCCUAGGAUUAAUGAUUUGUUAGUAGGUAUGAAUGGCGCUAAAAUAUUCUCUAAAAUCGAUCUGUCACAAGCCUACAAUCAGAUCGAACUAGAUAACUCUAAAAACCUUACCGUUAUAAAUACACAUAGGGGCUUAUUUACGUAUAACAGGCUAGUAUAUGGGUUGUCAUCAAGUCCAGGAAUUUUCCAGCGUAUAAUGUCAAAUCUUUUUCACGAUAUCGAAAAGGUAGAAGUAUUUUUAGACGAUAUAAUAAUAGGUUCUUCUAAUGAAAGAGAGCAUUUACAAAUAUUGGAGACGGUGCUUAGUAGAUUACAUAAAAACGGAAUGAAGCUUAGGAAAGACAAAUGUUUAUUCAUGGUGGACGAGGUCAAGUAUUUAGGAUAUAUUAUUUCAAAAGAUGGCAUUAAAGUUGAUCCUGACAAGGUAGCUGCUAUAGUAAAAAUUCCGCGCCCCAAGGACGUUUCGGACUUAAGAUCAUUUUUAGGAUUAGUCAAUUUUUACGCUAAGUUCAUUAAAAAUUUAAGUACUACCUUAGCCCCACUUUACGGCUUAUUAAAAAAGGGUGUUACUUGGGACUGGGACAGAAGUUGCGAGGACUCUUUUAAAAAAAUUAAAAAGGUCUUAACCAGUGCGGAAGUAUUAUUGCAUUACGAUCAAAACAAACCGUUAAUACUGACGUGUGACGCGAGCGCUCGAGGUAUAGGAGGCGUGCUCACUCAGCCGUGCGCCGGCGCAGCGGGAAGCGAGCGGCCGGUGGUCUAUGUGUCGAGAGCUCUCAGCGACGCGGAGAAACAUUAUUCACAAAUUGAUCGCGAGGCUUUAGCAAUUGUUUUUUGCUUAAAAAAAUUGCAUCAAUACCUGUAUGGUCGACGGUUCACCUUACGUACUGAUCACAAGCCGCUUGUCAGUAUUUUUGGCCCAAAACAUGGCAUCCCUUUAAUGGCUGCGAGCCGAUUGCAGCGUUGGGCGAUUACGGUAUCCGCUUACUCUUAUGACAUAGAGUACGUUAGUAGUAAACAGAACUGUGCGGAUGGCUUAUCUCGUCUACCGGUAUCGGUUCAAUCCACAAAGAAAGAAUGUUUAGAUUUACCUGAACAAACGUAUUUACAUUUCGCUCAAAGUGAAAUGUUACUAGAUUAUAAUGAAAUUAAAAAACAAACCCAGCGCGAUCCGAUUUUAGGUAGAAUUAUACUAUACUUAAGAGAAGAUUGGCCCAUCGAUAAUGAGGUCAAAUCAUUGCAACCGUAUUUUAACCGAAAAAAGGAACUAUACGAAGAACUAGGGUGUAUCAUGUGGGGUCAUAGAGUAGUCAUACCGGAGAAUUGCAGGGGUAGGGUGUUAAACGAACUCCACGAAUGCCACAUGGGAAUCGUCAAAACGAAGGCGGUAGCUCGAAGCUAUGUGUGGUGGCCGGGGAUCGAUGAGGCAAUCGAAACGAUGUGUCGAGCGUGCGUCGUGUGUGCGGCCGAGGCGGACGCGCCCCAACGGCACACUCCAAGCCCGUGGCCAUGGCCGGCUAAGCCUUGGUCUCGUAUACACAUAGAUUUUUUAGGGCCAAUUUUCAAUAAAAUUUACUUGGUAAUAAUUGAUGCCAGAACUAAAUGGCUAGAGGUUUUUUAUGUACCGAGUACAGCAGCUAGCCACACUAUAGUUAAACUUUCCGAAGUUUUUGCUAGGUGGGGUCUACCUAAACAAUUAGUAUCAGACAAUGGGCCGCCAUUUAUCAGUAGGGAAUUUUCUCAGUUUUUAACAAAUAAUGGGAUACAGCAUGUUUUCACCGCACCGUACCACCCGGCUUCAAACGGUGCCGCGGAAAACGCAGUCCGCACUGUCAAGAAAGUUAUUAAAAAGGCAGUGAGGGAAAAUAAAGAUAUAAAUUUAUUUUUAAACACUUUCCUAUUGCAUUAUCGAAAUACCGAACAUUGUACUACGGGCGAAAGUCCCGCUUCUCUCAUGUUAGGAAGAAGAUUACGUACUAAACUAGACGUACUUAGACCGGAUAUUGAGAAUAAAAUUAUUAAAACUCAAAUAAACCAGAAAGAGAACGCUCCCACUGGUGAACGUGGCCUGCAGCCGGGUGAGGAUGUAUGGCUUCGCCGAUAUCAGGGGAGUGACAAGUGGACAGCCGGACAAGUGACGCAACGUUUGGGCGUAACGGACUACAAAGUUUUAGACACUAUAGGUAAGGAGUCACAUAAGCAUAUAGACCAGCUAAAACGUAGAAUUAGGAGUUCACUGAUUUGUCCCCGUAGUAGUAAUAGUCAGCCAAAUUCGAGUUCCGAGUCGUUGUCUGGCACCGGUGCAGAGGAAAUUAAUGCGCCUAGAAUAAACCCUGCCGUAAAAGACACCGGGAGGAAAUCAAAAGCACCGGAGGGAACCGAAAUAAUAGAUAAGAGUGAUUGCUUAGAUACGGCAAGGGAAACGUCAACACUUCGUGCUCCAUCAGCUCAUACGUCGCCUGUGCCGCCCGCAACGCCGCCCCAGGUCUUCCGGCCGGUACGCAAGUGCCGUUUGGAUAACCCCCCAAGCUAUAAAGAGUAG